AUGCUGGGCUGGAUGGAUCCACGCAUUGGCGGCGGUCGCCUUUUAGAUUACACUAGUCCUGACUACGGAGAACCGCUGAAUGUUAUCAUAUCUGGCAAGUCAGAUCCCUUCAUUCUGACAGACCACGGCUUCCACUACUACGCCAAGUCCAUUGGGUUCUCGGACGAAUGCCUUGGGCUCCAUUACGGCCACAUCCACGAAGCGGAUCUCGGCGACGGCGACGGGCGCAAAUCUGAACAGUUUCUUGCGCGCCAGUACUAUUUUCCAAUUUGGGGAACCUGCUGGGAGAGCCUUGCAGGCGGCCAUCAUUUCAGGGCAUGGAAGCAGAAUGGCAGCGAUGCCAACACAGGCGCGUGGUUCGUAGGGGCAUCUAAGGAGGAGAACUCUAGUAAGAACCACAAGAUUGUCCCCAACGGUUACAAUCUGGGCCGCGACUGGCUCGUUGAACGAGCAGUUGCAGGAAGUCGGUGGCAAGGCAAGUGGUGGAAGGCCGAGCUGACCUGGAGAGACGAUCUCCUUGAAGCAGGCAAUGACGGUGUUAAUCAUGGUAUAGAACAGGAUGGCCGUGUGGCCGUUCUGACUGUUAUUCGGCUGUAA